GAUAUAUAAUUUGACUUCGUUCUCCUCGGAACAGACUUAACAUUAUUAUCAACAAAUUCUACGACUUCCUCGUCUUAGCCUACAAGUGCCAACAAUAUCUCAAAACGCAAAAUGGAUCAAACAAAUGCGACCUCCCUCCCUCACGCGGUAACUUCUCAAUCCCGCACCCUGGCGGUAGACUUUACAUGGCGAAAGCUCAGGACCCUCAUCACGGACACCAACGAGUCAAACCCCAUGCCACUAUAUACCGUCGAUUGCAACAUCAUCACAAACAACUUGACCUUCAAGACGCCUCAGAAUGACCAGAUCAUCGGAACUGGCGAUGUGCAUGCCAUCAGCAUUAGUCCAGACUAUCAGCUCCAUGGUGUCAAGGGAACUCUCAAAGCCCAGAAACGCCUACGCACUGUCUACACCCACAUGUCUACCACCUUCUCGACUACGGGUGCUCCGGCCAAAAUGACAUGGAUGAGCAAGAGCGGUUUCAAGACCUGGGACUUUAUCUGUGUUGACGAACAGCAACAGCCUGUGGCUAGGUUCUCCGCCAAUAUGUGGGCUAUAAGGAAGGUUGGAAAGAUUGAGUUACUCGGAUCCAAAGCGCUCGAGGAGGCUGCCCGUGAUGAGAUUGUGGUUGUUGGGUUCACGUUGUACUAUUGCUGGGUCCUUCGUGUGAACAAUCCUCUUAAUCUUCUGGGUUCGGCAUUCCUUUCCAAAGAGAAAACAGAAAAGGUGGACAAGAUCGAGGGUUUCGAGAAGGCCGCACCUCUACCGGUUGAACAGAGACAGGCAAAUGUGAUUAAUUAGAGUGUUUUUUCAUAUCUUUUGGGGUCAUUUCAAGCUAGUUUCAUUCGAUACCAAAUCUUUACUUAUUUUUUCAAUGGUCCGUC